AUGGCAUCGCCGGACGGAGCCAGUGGCGUGGGCGGCAGCCCCGAGGAGACAGAGCUUAGCAUCACCCUGACCCUUCGCAUGCUCAUGCAUGGCAAGGAGAUCGGCAGCAUCAUCGGCAAGAAAGGAGAGACUGUUAAGAGGAUACGAGAGCAGAGCAGCGCACGCAUCACCAUCUCAGAGGGGUCCUGCCCUGAGCGCAUCACCACCAUCACCGGCUCCACCGAUGCCGUCUUCCGCGCCGUCUCCAUGAUUGCCUUCAAGCUGGAGGAGGACCUGGGAGCAGGGAGCGACGGGGCAGCAGUGGGCAGAGCACCGGUGACCCUGCGCCUCGUCAUUCCGGCCAGCCAGUGUGGCUCGCUCAUCGGCAAGGCAGGAGCUAAGAUCCGGGAGAUUCGGGAGAGCACGGGGGCACAGGUGCAGGUGGCCGGUGACCUGCUGCCCAACUCCACUGAACGGGCUGUCACCGUCUCAGGGGUGCCAGACACCAUCAUCCAGUGCGUGAGGCAGAUCUGCGCCGUCAUCCUGGAGGUACCUGCCAAGCCCUGUGUCCAGCCCAGGGGAGCAC